CCGUUAGCAGCCAGGGGGCCGGUUCACACCAAAUGCUUUCAUCAGACUUCGAAGUUUGCUGAACAUUAGCACUGGCUGCUGCCGAACACUGCCCAGCAAAAAGCUACCUAGUACAACGACAUUGACAUACAACUUUUAAGAGAUCGAACAGGAAGGGCGCCAUUGAUUCUUCGUGCUUUCUUGCUCAGAGGCAAGAGAAAAGGCGAUCAAUCCAAGCUUAAGAGAGACUUCUGGAGAUAAAGUGCUGGCGGAAGACUGUAAGUAAUCAUUUGGCAACAGGAAUAAUCAUGGCAGACGGAGGGUGGGGUGCUGCAACCGCAGCCCCUCCGUCAACCCCUCCAGGUAUUCCGGAGGACUCGAAAACCCUGUGGGUCGGGGACCUCGCCUUAUGGAUGGACGAGGCAUACUUGGCCAGCUGCUUCAAUGCAUCUGGAGAGACCGUCAUAGUGAAGGUGAUCCGCAACAAGCAAACGGGGCAGUCGGAAGGUUACGCUUUCGUGGAGUUCCAAACACAUGCCAUGGCGGAGUAUGUGCUCCACAACUGGAGCGGGGCGCAGAUGCUCAAUGCAGAACAAACCUACAAAAUGAACUGGGCGAGCUUUGGGGUGAACGAGAAGCCAGUGAAGCGGUAUCGGGAGUCCCGGCAGGAGCCGGAGCCGACAGGCCCCGAGUUCUCGCUGUUCGUGGGUGACCUGGCGCACGAGGUCACGGACUACUCGCUGCUCGACACGUUCCGCUCACGCUACACCUCUGCGAAAAGCGCCAAGAUCGUGGUGGACCCGCAGACCAACCGCUCGAAGGGGUACGGCUUCGUCCGCUUCACGGACGAGGCAGAAAAGGAGCGGGCCAUGCACGAGAUGCAAGGGGAGCUAUGCCUGAACCGGCCAAUGCGCAUAAGUCCGGCCGCGCCGAGGAAGGCGCGGGACGCGCAAGAUUAUGCAGCGCCCAACAUCCCUCGAGAGUGGGCGGGCCCCGCGGCCGAGGAUCCGACCAACAGUACGGUCUUUGUGGGCGGAGUAGACGCGUCGGUGACCGAAGACGAGCUCCGAGCCGUGUUCGCCCCGUAUGGCGAGCUGGUCUAUGUCAAGAUUCCCCUCGGCAAGAACUGCGGCUUCGUGCAGUUUGUCACUAGGACGAGCGCUGCGGAGGCUGUGGAUAAGCUACAUGGGUACAAACUGGGGGGGAGUAACAUUCGGGUCACGUGGGGAAAGAGCUCAGGCCCGAGGCGAGCGGCCACGGCCUACGACCAGGGCUAUCACGGAUACGAGCAGGCGGCGUAUGAGGACCCCUACUGGCAAGCGGCGCCGCAGCCGCAUGAGCCAGAAAGGCCUCAAACAGCACCAAAGGAGGAGCCCGAGGACCCAAUUGCGCCACCCAACAUCGAGAGACUGAAUGCAGCCUACAUGGCGCUGCAUCAAGGUCCACUAUCGGGAAGGGCGCUCUGGCUUCGGGCCGCUGAUGCAGGCGUGCCGGUAUGAGAACGGACCGUCAGAUUGAAGAGGGAAAGAUUGAGCUGUCAAGUCGUUUCUAAUCUAUGUCAAAGGUUCAGCUUUCUAUGGCUUUAUAAAUCAUCGCACCUUGAGAUUCAGUCUGCUGAAGAUCAAGUAUGCCUUGGCCACUGUGCUUUUGACGCAUGAUGGUUGCAGACUCAAAGCUA